AGGUGCAUCAUCUGAUAUCGCAAGGGUAGCCCCAAUGUACCGGACACCUCAGGCCCAACACUUUUACCACAUGGCCCCUGCUGGAGACAUAGGGAAAGACGUGGACGAGCAAGUGUACCAGCGAGAGGGAAAAGGAGAGGGACACGGCAC